AUGGCGUACACACAGAGCAGACAGGAUUGCAAAAGGCGAGUCUUGUGUUGCUGUAUCUUGAUCACCGUUUGGGAGACAGUUUCGGGACAGAUUCGCUAUUCAAUUCCUGAGGAAAUGGAGAUAGGAUCCUUCGUAGGGAACAUCGUAAAGGACCUGGGACUGGAUCUAAAGGAGCUAUCAGACCGCGAAAUCAGCCUUGUUGCCAGAGGUAGGACACAAUAUUUUGGUUUGAAUUUGAAAAACGGCCAUUUAUUUGUCAACGAAAGGAUGGACAGAGAGCAGAUCUGUGGUCAUAUUGCAAAAUGUGUAUUAAAUGUUGAGGUUCUUGCGGAAAACCCAGUGAAGCUUUACAGAGGCGAAGUGGAAAUAAAGGAUAUAAAUGAUAACUCGCCCAGUUUCCCAGAAAAUGAAAGCGUGUUAGAAAUCAGUGAGUAUACUGUAAGAGGCACACGUUUCCCAUUAGAAAAAGCUCAUGACCCUGACGUAGGACUGAAUUCCCUACAAAAUUACAAAUGUAGCCAAGACAGCUAUUUUAUCCUGAAUGUACAAACCGGAGAUGACGGCGUAAAAUACCCGGAAUUAAUACUGGCGACAUCUUUGGAUCGAGAACAUCAAGCAGUUCAUAAUUUGAUCCUCACCGCCACUGACGGUGGGGAUCCUGUAAAAUCCGGAUCAUCAAUAAUCCGCAUUGUAGUGUUGGAUGGAAAUGACAAUGCCCCAGAAUUUACUCAAUCGGUGUAUAAAGUGAGUGUAAAGGAAAACAUUCCUGUGGGGAGUGUGGUGCUUAGGGUAACAGCCUCGGACAGGGAUGAAGGCAUAAACGCACAGAUCAAGUAUUCGUUUCUCAAAAUCUCAGAAAGGUUUGACAAAAAAUUUAAAUUGGAUUCUGAAACUGGGGACAUCCAAGUAACAGCAAAGCUUGAUUUUGAAGAGUUAGCAUUUUAUGAACUCGACAUACAAGCGAGGGACGAAGGCGGGCUAUCAGCCCACUGCAAAGUUCUGAUAGAGAUUGCUGACGUUAAUAAUCAUAUCCCUGAGAUCACCGUCACAUCUUCUUUCAGUCCCAUUGCCGAAGAUUCCCUCUUAGGUGCAGUAAUUGCUAUUCUUAAUGUGCAUGAUCGAGAUUCUGGGGAGAAUGGUGAGGUCACGUGUUCUAUAAUUCCAGAAAGCCUCCCAUUCAAAUCAGAGAGGUCAUUUGAUAAUUUUUACACUGUGGUGACUGAUAGAGCUUUGGACAGGGAGCAAGUCUCCGAAUACAAUAUCACUGUUAUAGCCACAGACCGAGGGAUUCCUCCUCUUAGCUCAAACAAAACUUUCUUUGUAGAAGUUUUGGAUAAAAAUGACAACCGGCCUGUCUUCGAUCAAAAAUAUUACACGGUUUCUAUCCCAGAAAAUCGCACCCCAGGUGUUUCUGUAUUUCAUAUGAAGGCAAAUGAUGUGGACUGGAAGGAGAACGCCAGAAUCACUUACUCCAUUAUUGAAGGAGACAGAAGCGAAGUUCCUUUGUCUUCCUACAUCUCCAUUAACUCUGAGACUGGGGCUCUCUACGCUCUGCGCUCCUUCGAUUACGAGCAGUUCCGGGAGAUUCGGUUCCAAGUGCAGGCUCAGGAUGGGGGUUCCCCACCUCUCAGCAGUAAUGUCUCCGUCACUCUCUUUAUACUGGAUCAGAAUGACAACAGCCCGCACAUCUUACACCCCUCCUUUCCCACCGAUGGCUCCACGGGAGUGGAGUUGGCCCCUCGCUCCUCGGAGCCGGGUUACCUGGUCACUAAGGUGGUGGCGGUGGAUGCAGACUCCGGGCAGAACGCCUGGCUCUCCUACCAGCUGCUGAAGGCUACAGAGCCGGGCCUCUUCUCUGUGGGACUCCACAGCGGCGAGAUCAGGACGGCGCGCUACUUUCUCGACAAAGAUGCGCUCAAGCAAAGUCUGGUGGUUUUAGUGAAGGACAACGGGCAGCCUCCUCUCUCUGCCACGGCCACUGUGACGGUGGUGGUGGCUGACAGCAUCCCCGAAAUCCUCUCCGAUUUAAGCAGCCUCUCAGCUCCUGCAGCAGACCCCCAGUCCAGCCUCACCUUGUAUUUGGUGAUCGCUGUGGCUUCCGUUUCCUGCUUGUUCUUUACCUUUAUCAUAGUGUUAGUGGCCCUGAGGCUCCGCAGGUGGAGAAACUCGCAGCUGUUUGACUCCUCGAGUGUGACUUUCAGUGGAGUUCCCGUCUCGCAGUUUGUGGGGAUCGAUGGAGUCAGAGCUUUUCUUCACACUUCUGCUCAGGAGGCUGUCCUAUUUAAGGACAGUAGGUUAAAGGAAUUCUGCUUUCAAGAGGGAAGUGUUUCAGAUAUUCUUACGGGUAUUAAUCCUGCCGUCAACAAGGAGACUGAAUCGUUUGAUGAAGAAACAAGUACCAGAAAUGCUCUCGACAUCUUCUUGGAGGUGAGUGUACUCGGCUGA